GAUGCUCAGUAAGGCGUACAUCUUCUGGUGUUCGUAGUCUUUUCUCGGUUCCUCUUGUUUUCCAGUAUGAUGGCGUCUUCCCCACCUGGGCUUCAGGGAUGGGACAUCGUUAUUGUCGUAGUGUUUUUUUCGGUGGUUGUGGCUAUUGGGAUUUAUUCAAUGUUCCGAACAAACCGUGGAACUAUUAGUGGAUAUUUCCUGGCUGGAAGAUACAUGACUUGGUUACCGGUUGGUGCGUCCAUCUUUGCCAGUAACAUCGGCAGCGAACACUUCAUUGGGUUGGCAGGUUCUGGUGCUGCUGCAGGCAUUGGAGUUGGAGCAUUUGAAGUAAAUGCAAUGAUAAUGAUACAGAUACUUGGUUGGGUAUUUGCACCAGUUUACAUCGCAUCAGGGGUAUGUACACUACCCGAAUAUAUUCGCAGAAGGUUUGGAGGAGUAAGAAUCCGUGUCUGGCUUUCGGUGUUUUCGCUGCUACUCUACAUCUUCACCAAGAUAUCUGUCAACCUUUUUUCAGGAGCUCUUUUUAUCCGACUAGCUUUGGGAUGGAAUCUCUAUCUGGCAAUUCUCCUUAUGCUAUUCAUAUCUUGUCUUUGCACCAUUACAGGUGGUUUGGCAGCUGUCAUCUACACUGAUACCCUGUGUACGACACUCAUGACGGUCGGAUCAUUGAUUGUGGCAAUUAUGGGAUUUUCAAAAGUUGGUGGCUACAAUGCUCUUCAAGAAAAGUACAUGGUAGCUGUAUCCAAUGACACACUGUUCUCCAACAGUACAUGUGGAAGACCUCGUCCUGACUCCUUUCUCAUGUUAAGAGAUCCUAUCAACUCUGAUAUUCCAUGGCCUGGCUUUAUUAUUGGUGAAACUAUUAUUUCUAUCUGGUAUUGGUGUGCUGAUCAGGUAAUAGUCCAGCGUGUUGUGGCUGCUAAGAGUUUAUCUCACACUCAAGGAGGAUGUCUUUUAGCAGGUUACCUCAAGAUUCUUCCACUUUUCACUCUGCUCAUGCCAGGAAUGAUUAGUCGUGUACUGUCACCAGACCGCGUGGCUUGCAGCGUGCCAGAGAAGUGUAUGGAGAUCUGUGGUAGUGAAGUUGGUUGUACAAACAUUGCGUACCCUGAGCUUGUGCUAAAACUAAUGCCUACAGGACUUCGUGGUCUUAUGAUGGCAGUGAUGAUGGCUGCUCUGAUGAGUGACUUGACAUCCAUCUUCAACAGUGCCAGCACUCUCUUCACUAUUGAUGUGUAUAGCUUGAUAAGAAAGAAGGCGUCUGUACGAGAACUGAUGAUCGUCGGGAGAAUAAUGGUUGCUGUCAUGACGGGUAUUAGUAUUCUGUGGAUACCUGUGAUUCAAAACGUACAAGGUGGACAACUAUUCAUGUACAUCCAAGCCGUUACAGCAUAUCUCAGUCCGCCCAUCGCCGCUAUCUAUGUUGUUGCUCUCUUUUGGAAGAGAGCUACUGAAACAGGAGUAUUCUGGGGUAUGAUAACAGGCUUUGCAGUUGGUGUAAUAAGAAUGACUUUAGACUUCGUGUUCCAAGAACCGCGAUGUGGUGAACCUGACAACCGUCCAGCCAUAACACGACAUGUACACUUCAUGUACUUUGCCAUUAUUGCGUUUUUGAUAACAACCAUUGCCAUCGUUAUUAUUAGCUAUCUGACCAAACCCUCAGCCGAUAGGAAAUUCUCUAGACUGACCUGGUGGAACAGAUAUGAUGAAUCUUCAACUAAUGAUCAUCUAGAAACAGACCGAGAUAACGAAAUAGCGAUGGAACAUUUGCAGUUUAAUGUUUCUCGUGACAACUCAGAUGCAGAGAGUGAAGAGAUCGCCGACAAGAAUGUUGACAUACCGUUAGACAAGAACGACACAGAUGAACCUCAUCCAUCGCGGAUAAAGAGGUUUUACAGUUGGUUCUGUGGCUAUGAGGCAGGCAGCGAAGAAGCAAAGAAAGCAGCAAUGCAGCAGCAACAGAGACUAGCUAUCAUCUGCUCCCUUAAACAGAACUCUAAAGCAAAAAUCUUUCUCAACGCCAACUUUCUCUUCAUUUCAGUCUUGUGCGUGUUUAUGAUGGUGUAUUUUUCAGUUUAGGUCACAAACGCUUUUAUCAAGACAAUUUUGAUUUAUACUUCUUGUCCACCACACGUAAUUGAAGGUAGUAUUGUAAACACUAAGUAGUCAGUUUUCCAUGCAAUGCGUCUUAAUUUUGGAUUUAAUUACUUCACUAAAGUGGAAUCAAUUAUUUCACAAAAGUGUAUUGCAGCUUCACCAACAUGGGAUCAAUGUUCUACGAAUCAAAAGCUGCAAUGUUCGCCAAUAGUAGCACUCAAUUUACCUCACGCAACGAUUCGGUGUGGCUACAAAUUUAGAUACAAGGUUUUGAUAUAUUACCUUGGAUAGUUUCUCACGAAGGUGGUCAUAAUGCACUUCAGUGUUAUGUAGCUGGACAAAAAGCGAAGAUAGGCGGGAACCUUUGAGCAACACAAUAUUAUAAUGCCUCGCUUUUGGGGACCAAGGAAAGUACGUAAGGGCGUGGCAGUACACUCGUUAGCGCCGGUUUAUAAUAAUAAUUUGGGUCACUUCAUGUUCAUGUUCUACUGAAUGGACCCGAAGUGUGCGACGAUAUUAGAACUUGUAUCGCAAAAAGUAGAAGACAGGUUGCAAGAAAUUCUGCUUACUAACGAAUAUUUUUCCAGCAUAGAUGUACGUAGAUGUGGUUAAAAGAAGAGCUUGCUUGAAAAACUGGACAACAUAAUUAACAUGUUUUUGAUUGACAUCCAAGAAUGCUCGAUUUUCUAGUGCGUGAAGGAUGUCUUGGUCGAUUGACAAGGGUUGCAAGUACUAUCUUUGAGUUAUGUGCCUAUGAGGAAAUGGAAAGUGUAAUGGUGCUUUUUAGUCAUGAUCCAUUGGGUAAACGAGUGAUUGAACGCACUCAAGGAGAAUAAAGCAAGAGGACAUUAGGAUGAAAGAAGAGCACUAAAGGCAUCUGAUCUCCAGAGGGUAUGCUACAUGGUACAAAACAUGUACUACUUAUGUAUCCAUGUAGCUCUAGCUUGUUGUGCCUAAAAAUCAAUGGGGCUAAUGGCAGAAUGUAACAGGGAAGCUGCGUGGAGGUUGCCACGAUUUCCCCUUCCUGGAAAGCUUCCCGUCUUCCUUAUUGCCUAAGGGCCCAUUUAGUUCUCCAAGGAGCAGGUCAAUAUUGGGUCCUUUCCAACUUGUUUUUUGCCUUUCCCUUCCAUUUCCUUCAUUCCCUUUUUUCUUUCUUUUCAUUCUUUUCUGUGUUUAUCCUUGUCAGAUCUGUUAAAUUUUUUGCCAAUUCUAGUUUAUAUUUUAGCAGAUAAUAGUGUUCAAGGGUGACCAAGAGCAUAGCUAGUAUUUACUAUAGGGGUUUCAUUAAAGGUCUGGAUGGGAGACUGCUCCAGUAAAUGAGCAAAAUUCUCUGUCUUUAACUACCAUUUAUAGUUUAGUAAUGUGUGAAAUGUUCAAUUAGACACUCGGGCUAGUUUAUGACUUUCUCCUAUCAUUUCAAAGCCUAAUCAAACCCCUGCCAACUAUGCCAAAAGCAACAAUAACAAUAGCUAUCACCACCAGCAAAUGCCAUCUACACAGUACUUUAAGACUUAUUCUUAAACUUUAUUGAAUUUUGAGCUCCAAAGUUGUCAUGUAAGAAUAUCCCUAACCAGUAUUGAAUCAGAGCAGUCUUCUCCCAGACAACAACACAAUUGAAGGAUGGUGUUUGGGAGAUACCAAGGUAUUGAUUGUUAGAAUAAGGAUUUUCAAUGAUUAUUACUAUGUUUAAACAAUCAGCAAUAAAAGUAAUCAAGAUCUUGA